AGAGCCUGGUUCGACGAAUAAAGGAAGAUCAUCCUUCAACAUCAAUGGUGCGUGCACGAGGUCGCGGCCGUGGGCAACCUAUGGGUAACGAACCCCCCUGACGAGAGCAGCACCUUGACGAUGUGGAGGUGAUAACAGAUCUACAGCGGCAGAACGAGGUUAUGCGGCAGCAGAUCGCGGAACUCACACGGCUCCUGGCAGUGCGAGAUUUGGAGGAUCAUGAGGAGUCAGAUCAGGGCUCCCGAUCAUCGUUCGAGAACCCGUAUCAUCGCGAACCUCGCGGUCGUGAUUUUUGCGUCCGUGAUGACUAUCGCGGAGGGCUAGGGUUUGAGGUGGAAAUCCCUAGUUUUUCAAGAACCCUGCAGGCCGAUGAUUUCAUUGACUGGCUGAACGAGGUGGAUCGGAUCUUUGAGUAUAAGGACGUUCCUGAUCGUGACAAAGUGAAGCUCGUGGCUAUCAAACUCCAUGGACGAGCCUGUGCAUGGUGGGAACAGAUGCGGCGAUCUCGUGAGAAGAAGGGCAAACCAAAGAUCAAUGAUUGGGAGAAGAUGAAGGGUAAGAUGAGAGCACACUUUCUUCCCUUCGGAUACACACAAACCCUAUUUCAACGACUCCAUACGUUGAGGCAGGGAACAAGGUCCGUUGAUGAUUACACCGAAGAAUUCUACCAGUUGAUUGCCCGCAACGAUCUGUCUGAAUCGGAGGAGCAGCUUGUGGCUCGAUAUAUGGCAGGCUUGCGUCAAUCGUUGCAGGAUGUUCUCAACCUCCAUUCAUUAUGGACUGUUUCUGAGGCAUACAAAAGGGCCCUUGCAGUUGAGAAGCAGCAGAACAGGAAGCCGGUGACCAACAACCGUCCGGCUCGACCCCAAGAGCCUCGACCGACCACACAGGGAGUCCAGGGGACGCAUGGAGCUUCUAGUAGUACGAUUAAGUGCUAUCGAUGUGGUGAACCAGGACAUAGGGCAAAUGAGUGUAAAAAGCCGGCCGUGCAGAAGGGCAAGAGCCUGUUCAUUGAGGAAAACAUGACAGAUGAAACUGAAGAAACCGAGGGGUACGGUGAACCUACCUAUGACGACUAUGCAGAAGAUGAUGUGCUUUACGGAGACGGACGUGAGAAUCUGGUUGUGCGUAAGAGUCUGCUAGCUCCAAAGGAUGACUCUAAGGAUGAUUGGUUAAGAAACAACAUCUUCAGUAUAACUUGCACCAUCGGAGGUGUAAGGUCCAAAUUCCUAGAUGAGAUUGCGCAUGAAAGGGUAGUAUAUGCAUUGCUGCCCUACGUUAACAAUGCUGGUGACGAAGAGUGUGACUUGCCUGUUGAGGUCCGGUGCGGCACUCGGCGACUCAACUCCGGCGAUGGUGGCGACGGCGACAUGGGUCCGGCGAUGGAGGCCAUGGAUAGUGCAAUUGAAUUGGUAGUCUUUGGUCUCUUCUUUGGCAGUGAACGAACAAAGGAGCAAUACACAGGGGAGUUUCUUUGAUUUCUAAUUUUAUUUCAAACUUUUAAUUAGGAUUUUGAAUUUGUUUAAUUUCCAAUUGAUGAAUUUGAUAUCCACUAUUUAAAUAUAAUAUUUUCAAUUCGAAUUCUAUGUUGAAUGUUUAAGUUAUAUUAUAAGUGUUGAAUUGUUUAAGUGUUGAUGUUGAAUGGUUCAAGUUAUGAUUUAUUAAUUGAUCAUUGUCUCUGAAACUAUAAAACCUUCUUAGGCCAAAAUGUUUGACAAAAAGAUUGAAUCUUUGUUUGUUGAAUAAAUUAGACUUUGAAGA